AUGAAUGAAUAUAGUUUAACAAUUCCUUAUUUACCUAUUAAUUAUAAUGAAAAUAUUGAUAAUAAUCAGUUAAAUAAAUCAAUGAAUCAUGAAUAUUGGAUAAACAAGACAAAAUUACAAUUACUUAAUAAUGAAGAAAUAAAUUUUAUUACUCCAUUAGAAACUAGUAAUUCAAUUCAUAUUUCAACUGAUUCAAAGGAACCAAUUUUCAAUUCAGAUUCUGAUCUAAGAUCUUAUUCAUAUUAUUGCCAUUAUCAUCAUUUAAAUGGUCAUUAUUAUGAUUCAUAUUGA